AUGUCCUUUGCCAAACGUGCCCUCCUCCAUGAUCAAAAUCAGAUGUUGACUAGAAUGAACAACGAAGCUAAGGCUCGCCGAUCACCUAGGUCAGUCGUACUCGGGAAGGCGAAAGUAAUGAGCUUUGAGGACAUCGAGGUGGCACGAGCAACGCGUGCUACAAAGGAGGUCAUCGAGGGCAAGGUAAAACGUGAUCGGAAACGUAAAAGUUCUGCAGAUGAUCCAGAAGCAACAGAGGCAGCAGAGCCAGAAGCAGAGCUAGAGCCAAAAAUGGCGCGGAUGAUAUAA